GUUUGGCAUGGAAGCGUUCUGUUUUGCGACCAUUGAACAGAAUGAUUGGAAAAGCCGAGCGUCGCGCACGGCUCAAGUGAUUUGUUUAUUGCGUAUCUACACGCACACACACCGAGUGGAAAGUUUUCCAUUCCCAAUUGUUGUUAUCACGUGUCGCCAUCCUGAUGCAGCAUCUGUCGCGCGCAGAGUGGUUGGACUGAGUGGUUUAUGUUGACAAAUACCAAUGUUGUGAAAUACAACCGAACUAUCUGUGAAAGCUUGUGAAAUUGCGGGCCAAUUUACAUAACCAUGCAGGCCAGCAAACUGCCGCCCAAUCCGCGCGAGUCGGCAGGUAUUUUAUCCUCGCUAAUGUUCUGCUUUGCCCUGCCGAUCCUGUUCAAGGGUCGCAAGCAGACGCUCCAGCCGACAGAUCUUUACCAGCCGUUGGACGAGCACGGAGCUGAGGGUCUGGGCGAUGGGUUCUUUCGGGAGUGGGAGAACGAGGUGGCCCGGUGCCGGCGGAGGGGCGAUUCCAGCCGGCAUCCCAGUGUUCUACGGGUCAUCGGACGCGUCUUUGGCUGGCAGCUCAUCAUCUCGGGCAUAGUGAUUGCCGCCUUGGAACUAGGAACCAGGGCCACGGUGCCGCUUCUUUUGGCCGGACUCAUAGCGGAGUUCAGUGAGCAUGGAAAUGGUAGUAGCUACUACGCCCAGCUCUAUGCCAUGCUGCUCAUAGUAUGCAUCCUGGCCAGCGUCCUUCUCACACACCCGUAUAUGAUGGGCAUGAUGCACUUGGCCAUGAAGAUGCGGGUGGCAGUAAGCAGUGCCAUCUAUAGAAAGGCCCUGCGCCUCAGUCGCACAGCGCUGGGAGAUACCACCACCGGCCAGGUGGUGAACCUACUGUCCAACGACCUCAACCGCUUCGAUCGCUGCCUCAUCCACUUCCAUUUCCUGUGGCUAGGACCUUUGGAGCUGCUGAUUGCCGCAUACUUUUUGUACCAGCAGAUCGGACUGUCCUCCCUUUACGGGAUCAGCAUCCUGAUACUCUACCUCCCACUACAAACCUACCUGAGCCGAAUCACCUCAAAGCUGCGCCUGCAGACUGCCCUCCGGACGGACAAGCGGGUGCGCAUGAUGAACGAGAUAAUCUCGGGGAUACAAGUGAUCAAAAUGUACACAUGGGAGCGUCCGUUUGGCAAGCUCAUCGAGCAGAUGAGGCGCAGCGAGAUGAGCUCCAUUCGCAAGAUCAACCUGCUGCGCGGCAUCUUGCUUUCCUUCGAGAUCACCCUGGGUCGCAUAGCCAUCUUUGUGAGUCUCCUAGGCUUCGUCCUGGGAGGCGGCGAACUGACGGCAGUGCGUGCCUUCUGUGUCACUGCUUUCUACAACAUCCUGCGGCGCACUGUGAGCAAGUUCUUUCCCAGUGGAAUGUCUCAGUUUGCUGAGCUAUUGGUCUCCAUGCGUCGCAUCGAAACUUUUAUGAUGCGCGAGGAGGCAAAUAUAAUUGAUAGCUCUGAGGAAAGGGCAGAGAAACCGGAAGAGGAGCAACUUUUGCUGGGAGGAGUCGAAAGGAAGGCAUAUCCCAUUGUGAAUGGAAAAGUUCCUGAUGUCCUGGUGGAUAUCAAAGGCUUGAGAGCGCGGUGGAGAAAGGAGCACCAUGAUCCCGUGCUUGAUAACGUCAACAUGUCACUGCACGGUGGCCAACUGGUAGCUGUGAUCGGACCCGUGGGAUCUGGCAAAUCGAGUCUUGUCCAGGCUAUCCUAGGAGAGCUUCCGCCUGAAUCGGGAUCCGUUAAGGUUAAUGGCAGGUACUCCUACGCCUCGCAGGAGCCCUGGCUCUUUAAUGCAUCUGUGCGCGACAACAUUCUGUUUGGCUUGCCCAUGGACAAGCAGCGUUAUCGAACCGUCCUAAAGAAGUGCGCACUGGAUCGCGAUUUGGAGUUGCUCCAUGGUGAUGGCACCAUCGUGGGUGAGCGCGGGGCCUCGUUGUCCGGUGGUCAGAGAGCGAGAAUCUGUUUGGCCAGAGCCGUCUACCGCCAGGCGGAUGUUUACCUUCUGGACGAUCCCCUCAGCGCUGUCGACACCCAUGUGGGCAGACACCUCUUCGACGAAUGCAUGCGCGGAUUCCUGGGCAAAAACUUGGUUAUCCUAGUCACUCAUCAGCUGCAGUUUCUGGAGCAUGCCGACCUUAUUGUGAUCAUGGACAAGGGAGAGGUCUCGGCCUGCGGCACCUACGAAGAGAUGCUGAAAAGCGGGCAGGACUUUGCGCAGCUCUUGGUGGAGAGCACUCAAAAUGGCGGUGGAGAAGCCGUUCGUAAAAAGUCAGCGGACUAUUCCCGCCAGAGCAGCACCAUAAGCAGUGGCAGUGCCAAGGGCAGCUCCUCUUCCCUAGAGUCCAUGGUGGAGAAAGAGAAACCAAAACCAAGCGCAGCGUCGGUGCAGGAGUCCCGUAGUGGCGGUGAAAUUGGCUUGAGCAUGUACAAGAAGUACUUUAGCGCAGGCUGCGGUGUCCUGGUAUUCGCUCUGAUGGUGUUCCUGUGUCUUGGCACUCAACUUUUGGCGUCUGGCGGUGACUACUUCCUGUCCUACUGGGUUAAAAACACCUCGUCUUCGUCCUCUCUGGAUAUUUACUAUUUUACUGCCAUCAAUGUGAGCCUUGUGAUUUGUGCUCUGCUCCGGACCCUGCUUUUCUUUAACAUAACAAUGCACUCCUCCACCGAACUGCACAACUCCAUGUUUCGCGGCCUGUCCCGCACGGCUCUCUACUUUUUCAACACAAACCCUUCCGGACGAAUCCUCAACCGAUUCGCCAAUGACCUGGGACAGGUGGAUGAAGUGAUGCCCGCCGUAAUGCUGGAUUGUAUACAGAUCUUCCUCACCCUGUCGGGCAUCAUCUGCGUGCUGUGCGUGACUAACCCGUGGUACCUGAUCAACACGUUGGUCAUGGUAGUGGCAUUUUACUACUGGCGGGACUUUUACCUGAGUACCUCGCGGGAUGUAAAGCGCCUGGAGGCAGUGGCUCGGUCGCCAAUGUACUCGCACUUCAGUGCCACUCUCACUGGACUUCCCACCAUUCGGGCCAUGGGCGCUCAGAGGACUCUUAUCGGGCAGUACGACAACUACCAGGAUCUGCACAGCUCCGGCUACUACACCUUUGUCUCCACCAGUCGUGCAUUCGGCUACUACUUGGAUCUUUUCUGUGUGGCAUACGUGAUAUCGGUGAUAUUGCACGGCUUCUUUAAUCCCCCCCUGCACAACGCUGGCCAGAUAGGUCUGGCAAUCACCCAAGCGCUGGGCAUGACUGGGACGGUGCAGUGGGGCAUGCGACAAUCCGCCGAGCUGGAGAACUCAAUGACCUCGGUGGAGCGAGUGCUCGAGUACAAGGACCUGGAGUCCGAAGGAGAGUUUACGUCGCCGACGGACAAGCAACCGCCAAAGAGUUGGCCUGAAGAGGGUGAACUAGUGACAAAGGAUCUGAGUCUAAGAUAUGUGCCUGAUCCCAGUGCAGACUGCGUGCUCAAGGGUCUGAACUUCACGAUCAAACCCAGGGAGAAAGUGGGCAUCGUGGGACGUACAGGCGCUGGCAAAUCCUCGCUGAUCAACGCACUCUUCCGACUGUCAUACAACGAAGGGGCAAUAGUCAUCGACAAAAGGAACACUAAUGAAAUGGGUCUGCACGACCUACGCAGCAAGAUCUCGAUUAUACCGCAGGAACCGGUGCUCUUCUCGGGCACCAUGCGCUACAACUUGGAUCCCUUCGAGCAAUAUGCGGACGAAAAGCUUUGGAAUGCCCUAGAGGAGGUCCACCUCAAGGAGGAAAUUUCCGAAUUGCCAACGGGUCUGCAGAGCAGCAUCUCCGAGGGUGGAACCAAUUUCAGCGUGGGACAACGCCAGCUGGUAUGCCUGGCAAGGGCCAUACUGCGCGAGAAUCGAAUCCUGGUGAUGGACGAGGCUACGGCGAAUGUUGACCCCCAGACAGACGCCCUAAUACAGACCACCAUUCGGAACAAGUUCAAGGACUGCACUGUACUUACUAUAGCCCAUCGUUUGAACACCAUCAUGGACUCGGACAAAGUUCUGGUUCUGGAUGCAGGUCAAGUAGUUGAAUUCGGUUCUCCCUACGAACUGUUAACUCAGUCAGAAGCAAAAGUGUUCCAUGGGAUGGUCAUGCAGACGGGGAAAGCCAGUUUUGAUCAUCUCCUGAAAGUUGCUGAAAAUGCCAAGGGAAACCAUAUUUAAAGCUAAAAGCUUAUUUUUUUAAACUGUAAGGCUAUUAACGGGCUCAAUUGUAAAUGGAUAUGGAAGAGUUCCGUAGGUCAAUGUGUCCUAUCUUAAUCGUCUGUACUUACAAAUAGUGAGACAAAAAUGACAAUAAUUAUGUACCUAUAUAUUUUUACAAAUAGAAAAAGUAUAUUAAUCGAAUCAAAA